AUGGCUGCGCAACUUGUACAGAUGAUACUACUUGCGGGUCUUGCACUUCAGAAAGCGACGCCGUAUCUUCAACUUCUCCAAACGCUUGCUCACCUAAAUGUACAGAACGAAUUAGCGUUUGCGUUAUUUUGGAAUAAUUUGAUAUUUUAGUUUAUAAUUUUUUUAGAGGGCAAUGGACAGUUGGCUCAAACGGCUGCGCAACUUGCACAGAUGCUACUACUUGCGGGUCUUGCACUUCAGAAAGUGACGCAGUAUCUUCAACAUCUCCAAACACUUGCUCACCUAAAUGCACAGAAACAAUUAGCCUUACGUAUUUAGGAAUAUUUUUAUUAUUUUAUUAUAUUUUUAGAGAACAAUGCACAGCUGGCUCAAAUGGCUGCGCAACUUGCUCAGAUGCUACUACUUGCGGGUCUUGCACUUCAGAAAGUGACGCAGUAUCUUCAACAUCUCCAAACACUUGCUCGCCUAAAUGCACAGCUGGCUCAAAUGGCUGCGCAACUUGCACAGAUAGCACUACUUGCGAGUCUUGCACUUCAGAAAGCGAUAUAG